UAUAAGUGGGCGGAUGGCCAGCCAUUAGCCACCAUUUCCUGACUAAUAAAUUCCUCAAAUUGAAAUCAAGUCCGGCCCGAAUAUGGUACCGGUAGACGAAGAAGAGCCGCCGCUCGCCGUCGAAAUCGACGACGUCGUUGAACACGAGAUUCCACCGGUAGGCGUCACAGUCAUCACUGGCUAUCUCGGUGCUGGCAAGUCGACGUUGGUGAAUUAUAUAUUGAAUAGCCAACAUGGGAAGAGAAUAGCAGUAAUAUUGAAUGAAUUUGGGGAGGAGAUAGGAGUGGAAAGGGCAAUGAUCAAUGAAGGUGAAGGUGGUGCUCUUGUAGAGGAGUGGGUUGAGCUGGCAAAUGGGUGCAUUUGUUGUACUGUGAAGCAUAGCUUGGUUCAGGCGCUAGAGCAACUUGUGCAGAGGAAAGAAAGGCUCGACCACAUAUUAUUAGAGACCACAGGGUUGGCAAACCCUGCUCCUCUAGCAUCGGUCCUCUGGUUGGAUGAUCAGUUGGAAGCUGCUGUCUCGCUUGACUCUAUUAUCACUGUGGUCGAUGCCAAAAACCUCCAUUAUCAGCUGAAGUCACAUAAUGACUCCUCUUCGUUUCCUGAAGCAUACCAUCAAAUAGCAUUUGCGGAUGUUGUGAUUCUUAACAAGGUUGAUCUUGUUUCUUCCGAGAACUCUGACACUCCUUUAGAGGAUCUGGAAAAGGAGAUAUAUAAUAUAAAUUCCCUUGCCAGAAUUAUCCGUUCUGUCCAGUGCCAAGUUGACUUGUCCAAUAUACUGAACUGCCGAGCAUACGAUGCUACAGUUUGUAACUUACAUGUGACUCAUUUGGAAGCAUUGUUGGAAGAAAAUAAAAAGCUAUCCACCAGAGAUCUUCAUGAUAGCAGUGUGAGAACUUUAUGCAUUUGUGAGCCAAAGAAAGUUGAUUUUGAUAAGGUUAGGAUAUGGAUUGAGGAGAUUAUUUGGGACAAGAAAUACGGCAUGGAUGUUUAUCGGUGCAAAGGAGUCUUAAGUGUCCUAAACUCUGAUCAACUUCAUACUCUGCAGGUCGUGAGGGAACUAUACGAGAUUGUUCCAACUCGCGAAUGGAAAGAUGGAGAAAACAGAAUCAACAAAAUAGUUUUUAUAGGCAGAUUACUAAAUGAAGAGAUUCUUAUCGACUCUUUGAGAGCUUGUACCUUGUGAAUUUGCUACAGAUGCAAUGUGCUUAAUGGAGGCACUACUCCUUGAGGCCAUACUGUGUCCAAAUUUACGUGUCACAUGUAACGUUUUCACCUUUGAAGUUAUUUUUGUCAAAUAAUUCCUUGUUUGUAAUCAUGUUCGAAUAUGUUUAUAACUAACAAAGAGAUCUCAAUUUAGGGAUUACUUUAAAAUAACUGAUUGACUA